GACACAGAAUCUUGGUGGGCCUGGUUUGGAUGACUCACUGAUGGGCCCACACCAUGGCAUGCCACCACAUUCCCACCACCUCUCCUCACCAUCAGGGUUAGACAUGGGGCCGCUUCUGGGACCCGAAGGUGUAACACAAGAGCAACUAGCUUGGAGGAAGCUACAAGAAGAGUACUACCAGGAGAAAAGGCGUCAACAUGAGAUGAACCCCCACCAGCAUCCCCAGCAUUUCCGCAUGAUGCCUGACAUGGGCAUGCCUGGGGGGCCUCCAAUGCUGAUGAGAGGACCCCCACCACCAUAUCAUAGUAAACCUGGUGAUCAACAGUGGGGGCCAGGGCCAAUGGUAGGGGGGGGGAUGGGAGGGAAUUCACGAAUGAAGGACAUGCAUCAGGAAGGCCCUCGAGGGCCAAGGUUUCUUGGACAGAUGCGAGGUUCUUCAGGGGGUGGGGGUUACCCAGAAAGUCCUGGAGGAAUUUUAGGUAUGGAGGGGUUGGGGCCUCAAAGACCUCCAAGGCCAGUCAUGGCUUGGUUAGACGAUAUCCCUCCAAACAUGGGUGGUGGAGGCCAAUUUCAUGGGUGCUAUCCUCCUGGGGGACCUCCUCAGCCCUUUCAGGGUGAUUUGGAUCGCCCCAUAACACGGGAAGAGAUGUUCCGCAGACUCCAUAGAUUGGACUUGCAGCAAAUGUCCAGACAGCAGCAGCAGGCAGGGCUUGGAGGUCCUAGAAUGAUGGAUAACACUGGGGGACCAGGCUUCCCCAAUCCUGGAAUGGGAGGAGGCCUGCCCUCCCGUGCAGAUCCAAUGGACUUUCCUGGUUCUCGGACUAUAAUGUGCUCUCCUAUCGGUGGAGUAGGCAGUGAUGGUGGCCCCACAAUGAGAGACAUAGUUGACUCUUCUUUAGGGGGUAACCUCAAUAUGAAUAUGGCCAUGAAUAUAAAUCCACAGGGACAGCAGUUGUUGGCUCAGAAGCUGAGGGGGGGUCCUGGAAUUGGCGUAUCACUUGGGGAGAUGUUGAACCCUGAUGACAUCUCCCGCAUUAGGGCUUCACAGAAUGGGCGGGGUGGUGCUAACAAAGGGAUGAUCCCUGGCCCAGAUGGACCUCUUCAGUUCCCCAACCAGAGCUCCUUUCCCGGUAGUCAAGGUGAUGGCUCAUAUAUGCAGCAGCCAGGUCCUGAUAUGUUUGGACGAGACCAGCCAGGUCCUCCCCACAUGAGCAACACCUCAAGACUUAGUCACAUUCCCAUGAACAGUGGCUCAAGGGGUACAGAACUUGGUGCCCGACACGCUUCCGACCUGCCCAUUAGUGUUAACCCAAUGGGUUCCCCAGCUAUACCCCCAUCUCACCAGCUCAAAUCGCCCUCUCUUAGUCAGGAGCCAUCACCCCUCAUGCCUUCACCCUCUGCAGCAGGCCUGAAAUCACCCAGCCAACUACCACAGAGUGGUCCAAGUCACCCUCCUCUACCAGCAGCCUCUGGGGCUGGAACAACCUCUUCCACCUCUAUCAAGUCCCCCCAGGUAAUGGGCCCUUCUCUUGGUCUUCACUCACCAUCUGGCUCCCCUGGACACCUUAAAUCUCCAACUAUGCCUGUUGCUUCACCUGGCUGGAAUGCCUCACCCAAGACUACUAUGCCUAGCCCUGGAGGGCCUCCUAGUGUCAAGGUCGCAGGCAAUGGAGGGAGCAGCUCCACUGAUACAGGUAUGUCCCUGCCACCUAGGAGUUCCAACUCAACGCCCAUCAGUCAGCCUUCCAACUCUGUCAAUCCUAGCAUGUCUUUCACAUCCUCACCAGAUGCCCCUCCCUCCCAGAAUCCUUUAUCCCUAAUAAUGUCUCAGAUGUCAAAGUAUGCCAUGCCUAGCUCCACUCCGCUUUACCAUGAUGCCAUCAAGACAAUCGCUACAUCAGAUGAUGAGAUGCUACCCGAUAGACCCCUCCUUCCUGGAAUCAAUAUGUCAGGCAACAUGUUAAAUCACCAGUCGACGCAGAUGCUCCUCACCUCGCAGGGUUCAAUGGGACCUAACAGUGGUCCACAAAGUCCAUUGGGAAUGGUUCUCCAAGGAGGCCCACAGCUAUCCCACGAUCAUUCUGGACCUAUGCUCCCAUCCCCUAACCCUAUGGGAAUGCCAGGAAUGACCUCAGUAAUAAUGGGAGGUGGAGGGGGACUUCCAGAUGGAAUAGGGCCCUGUAAUAUUUCCCCAAUGCAUCCCCAAAACCAGAUGGGAGGAUUCCCUCGCAUGCAGGGACCUCUUCACUCCCCUAUUGGUGGAAUGGGGCAGCAGUACCCCCAGCGCCCUGAAGAGGUCUUACCACCCCAACAGAUGCACCUUCUAAGCAAAAGCAUGUCUCACCAGCGGCCUCCUCACCAACCAGACUCUUUUCCAUCCAUGCCCAUGGGUGAUGGUCCAGACCUGAGUGAGGUCAUCAGGCCUACACAUACAGGCAUUCCUGAGUUCGAUCUUUCACGUAUCAUUCCUGCAGACAAGCCCAGUAGCACCCUGCAGUACUUCCCCAAAAGUGAAGCCAUGUCCCAGCCACAGCAAAAUCCUCACCAGGGCCAGCUGCCUCCACAAGCUUCUUCUGCUCAACUUCUCAAACAGCUCUCCUCAUCUGGACCUCCCCAUAGCAACGUCCCCUCCUCCAACCCCCAUAUCGCUAACCUACAGAACAUGAUGGCUGAGCAACAGCUGCCCCUACACCCUUCACAUUCACAUUCACAUUGUGGGAUGCGUCCAGGUAUGGGCAUGCCUCAGAUUGGCUCCAGGGGCAUGGGAUCAGGAGGUGGGAUGGGGCCCAUAUGCCACCCAGGGCACAUGAUGGGCAGGACAGGCAUGUCUCCACAGCAGCAGCUCCAGCAACAACAACAUCACCAUCAGCAGCAGCAGGCCAUGAUGGCCAAUAACCUCUUACAACACCCAUCCCACCCUCCUCGUGGCAUGCUGUCUCCACAGCAGCACCCUCAUAAUCUUAUGGCCCAGCAGAAUCUAAUGAUGAUGCAGGUUAAGCAGCGGGGAAUGGCUCUCCCUGGGGAGCACUUUGGCCAGCAGGGCGCCCUUAUGUCCCCUCAGGGGCCUAUGAUGGGACCUCCACAUUCACAGUCGGGCAUGAUGGGCCCCCAGAGUCUUAGACAACGGAGCAUGUCACUGGACAGCCCAUUGGGCUACGGGCCUGGAAGUAUGGCCAACAUGCCCUUUUAAUCUGGCUUCUCUGUAAAACUGUAAACACUUUGUUGCUUAAUGGCUAUUUCUCAUUUGGACAUGUUUUUAUUGCCACUGACUAACUGUGGCAAUCAAAUGCUAAAAACUUUGGUUUUAGUAAUAAUUUCUUGAUGCUGAAGUUAACUGGGUGAAAAGAAAACUAUUGUGGGUUAUCAUUACAGUUAAGUAACAAAAUCUGAAGCCAUUUUUUAAGAUACAUGUAAAAUAUGUAUAUUUCAGAUCAAUGUGUUUGAUUGCAAAGGCAAAAGGAAAAAAAGCCUCUGGGUUUCUAUGUUCUAAUUACAUUCUGGCUACUAAACUGUUGUGGAAGGUAAUAUAUAUAUAUCUAUAUAUAAAUAUAAUAU